AAACGAUGUUUUGUGACUACGCCUAGAACAUCCUAGGGCACUUGCUCGUGUCAAACGAGAGAGAACACAUAUGCAGACGCCGAGCACAGCGCGCCGCAAAAGAAAACCGGUCAGGGGCGGAACGCGCAUACCAGAGCCUCUUCUCAUUUUUCUUUGUGAUUCAUUUGUUGCGCGGCUGAAUGGUGCUGCGCCAUUGGUCGAUCGCCUUGCACAGCGCGAAGUUCGCAAACUUCGAAAGGGCCGUGACCCGCGCGCAUUGGGCAUUUGUCGCGUCGUAACGACUGGCAGUUGGCGCGUCGGAACCACAGCCUGAACCCUCCUGUGCGAACCACGAUAUGCAAAGGAGAGAAAACAUCGCGUGUCCAUCCGCGUCCACCGGCCGUCGUCUUUCGAACUGUCGCGCGCCACCGGAUCGCCAGCCGACCACGUCGUCGAUCGCUGUUCACGACGCCCGUGGAGAACGGCUCAGGUUAGAAGCCACUCGCAAGGCUUUGCUCCUUCGCCAGUGCGUCAGCGGGCGCGCGAGGAACGCGCUGACGCCACGAUACGAUUUGCGACGGCGGGUGCUCGAGACGAACCUCGUCCGCGAGUCGAAGUGCCAGACGGCGCAGCAGCAGCAGCCCGGCGACUUGGCGCUUUCGGCGGCGCCCAAACCUUCGCAGCCCACUCCGAGGAGCUUCAGGCGAUGGGGCUACUGCGACGCUUCGAAUCGAGGCGACGCGACGCAAGCGAGAAGUCGACUUGAGUGCCGCGCUCGAGCACCGCAGUGGUCGCCAGCGUCAGCCGAGAAGCCUCAGCCCUCGGCACGACCUCAGCUGACCGCGAACUCGAGUCCCCUCAACGCGACGCGAUGCGGCGCCACGUGGUCUCCUCGCAAGUUGGGAUCGCCGAGAAACUUCGCUGUCGUCAGCGCUGCGGCGAUCAAGAAAAGACUGCGCCGCAGCUGGUCCUACCGCGAAGCUAUCGCCGGCGACGCGCCAUCCGACGAGCAGCAAGAGGCGCAGGCGCCCCACAAGCGGCUGAAGACGGACGCGCUAGAUUCCACCGCGGAGGUAGCAGCAGCCACGAACACGCGACCCGUGCUGUCGAAGCGGCCAUGCAGAGUGCAGCACGGAAAGCCGUUCCCGAUACCGACGCCGCCCGCGAUAACCCCGGCGACGUCUUCGUCGACGCCGCGAAGCGUCUUAUCUUCGCAGCCGCAGCAGCUUACUCGAAGAGCGAUAACUCCACACGCGUCUACGGCGUCGCCCGCACCGGGCCAUUGUGUAAGCUUUCCUGGCAUCUUGGCUACACCUAGUGCGAGAACCCCCACUACAGCCCCACACGCGGCAUGGGCUCUCUCUCCGGCACUUUGUCAUAAUGGGCAAGGCGGGGUAGUUACUCCAACUGUAACACCCUGCCACCAACACCUUGGCGUGAUCAUGCCACUUUCGCCAUCAGUGGUGUCACAAGGCACACAGACGUCGCCGAAGAGGCUGCGGCGAAGGUCGUCGCUCAAGCGUGCCUUUGAGCGAUUACUCAGCAGCGGCAAGGAAAACGAGGCAAACGCAUCGCAGCAGUCUGUGUCGAAGAACGCAAAAGUGAAGGUCAAGAGACGACCAUCUCUCGUGGAGUCUCUUCUAUUCAGGCGUAGCAGCAACGAUAACGAAAGCCAAAGCAAGCCCGGCAGGCAUUCCACUGACUAUGCGGGAGCAUCAAAAAACAUUGUUGGGUCGAGUCCGCGUAGGAACAAACCUCGCAGAGCACACAGCCUGCAAUUGAAGGCACCAGAGUUUGACCCAUGGGGAUAGACGCUGCUUGAUCAUCAACUUCCCAGCAAUUUCGUACGGUGGUACAGUGGACAUACUACCACGUCCACUGCUGAAUGUAUUGCAGUGUUUGGGUUGGCAUGGAGAGCUGUUGAGUAGUUUUGUUUAUGGUUACACAUUUGGGCACAUCACUAGCAGUUAGAUUUUCUAACAUGUGCUUGGGCUUUAUAAUGCAGGGUCACAAUUAAGCACAUCAUUUCGAGCAUUAUAUGUUUGUCAUACUGUGGGCGAAGCAAGAAAUGGCUAAAUGUGAUAUGUCACAAGUGUGAUUACAUAAUUGUCCAUCAUCACUGUGCCUCAAAGCUUUUUAUAUUUUCUUUGCAAUACUUACAAUCAAAAGAAGUGGGUAUUAAAGCUGAAACGGCACUCAAGAAUGAUGAACUGAAGCUGUAUCUGUGUGCCAACAAGAUAAAGUGAUAGGCUAUCUUCGAGAACUGUUUUGUUAAAGCUCCAUUUGAUAAAGUGUGCAAUAAUGUUUCUUGUACUUUUUCCUUGAAAUGGUGAAUUCUAAAUUGCUUUGGCUCUGUGUUUCAGUUCCUAUGCCAAGGCACUGUGUCUGUUCAAUGCUUCUGACAAGAGCAUGACAAGAAGUUCCUCGCCAUUGCUUGAACAGUUAGGUUAAGGUUGGUCAUUAUAUAAACAUAGCAGCUAAAUGAUAACCUUGCUGCAAAGCCAAUUCCUUUGCCAAACAAAGGCAUGUUAAUCAAAUGACUGGCUUUUACUCAUUUUACUUGUAAUAAACAUGUUUCCGUUGCAAA